AUGCCUAAAUCCCGCCGUAAAGUGGUGGAGGUCGAGAUGUCAGACAAGAAGGACGAAAGUAGCAGCGAGGACGAGCCGGAAAUUGUGCCCCCUGUUGCCUCGUUGCGCAUUCGAAUCCCUCCGAAUGUAGCAGUACGCAAUUCUCAAGUUGUACGAGAGGAGGAGGAGAGUUCCGAGGACACGGCAUCUCCCAUCGAGAAGCAUGAUGUCCCACCCACUCUCCCAAGCUCCUGUCCAAAGCUCGCAUCUCCACACGGAGAAAUCUUCGAUUUUCCAAGUUCUCCGCAGUACAGCCCAACGGAUUUGCUCCCUGGUCCUGAGCCAGAUCCGGUGCCAUUACCCGCCGUCUCGACCAAAUCCACGACCAAAUCUUCGGCAAAACUGAAGGGCAAGGGCACGGGUAACCCGCGUUCAAAGCCUGACAACGGUGCCGAUGCCGAAAUAUCGGUCUAUUUUCAGGUUAACAAACCUGCGUCCGCACGUCCGCUCCAGAAGAAGGGCCACAAAGCCGAAAAACAAGAUUAUUACUCUUUCGGCCCGCUAGUCAUGUCUGGAAAGUGGACAUGGAACAUGUUCCUGAGUGGUGCUGCAGAAUGUGUGCACUCAUUUUCGUGGAGAUUCCUCGAGCCGUCCACUGCACCCGUGCUUCCGCUUGUCAGCGAGAAUGGUUUUGAUGCUUUGAUCACACAAGCACUCGGUCGACAGCCCGCGAAGCGGUUCCUCACUGUGCGGAUGGAUAUGCCACGCAAGCAGAUCGACAGCCUUCCAUGGAACAAUUCGAAGUCCAAGCAUAAUAAAGACAAUGCUGACAAUGAGUCCUCAAGUGGCAAGGAGCCUGAAGACACGCUACUGGCGCAGGGGAAACGUGAUGAUAUUAUCAACGAAUACGAGAAACAGCUUGCAGUAAAGUAUGCACCUGGACUAUGCGCAGAGCACCCCAACAUUUCAUGCUAUCAUUACCGCCCAGCAAAUCUUCACUUUGAGCUCAAUCGUAUCUCUCGCCUAGUAUGGGCAAGUCAAAUCAAACAGAACAAAGCAACAUUUGAUCAUCCUGUUGUGCCUUCCGCACAUUUCUGCGAAGAGAAAGCACUCAAGACUAAGACUCCAGUGAAGAUUCCGAUUGUAACAGCUCCGACUAUGCCCCAGCCGCUAUCCGCACCAGAGCAAAUGGUACCGCCAUACAUGCCGCACAUGUUACCAUACUUUAUGCCUCCGUACAUGCUCCCGCUGCCAAUUAUGAAUCCGGUUACUCCAUCGCCAUCGCCAAGCCGCAAGCGUAGCCACGAGGUUCUCCUGGGCUCGUCGCCAGUGAAAGCUACGAUAAGCCUCAAAGAAUUCUGUGAUAAAUAUGGUCUACCCGAAUCAACGAAGGAGCGUCUAGAAGAGAUGGAGUUCAUGCCUGGGGAUAGUCUCAGUGGAGUCCCGGAAUCGGAGUGGAAAGCGGUUGGUUUCAAGUUAUUUUCUUGGAACCGGGUGGUACGGGCAAACACCGAAUACAAGAAGACAGUUAAAAAAUAG